UUCCCGCCAACAGAAUCCGUCUCGAAACUGAUAAAGAAGCUACAGAGCGCGAAACACGAGUAAAAGAUGUUACCACAACUUCAACAGAGUCAAUGUCAUCUGCUUUGGUGCCUGAACAAGCCGAUGGUUUCAAUGACCUUGACAGCACCAAACAACAACAGCAACCACAAUUACCACCUCGACGUCGUAGCAGCGGUAGCAGCAGCAACAACAACAAAAAUAACAAUAACAACAGCAGUAAUAGUAUUAAUAACAAAACGGCUGGUCCGGGCAGUAGCGAGAAAUCGCUGGUAGACGAUAGCAUCCUUGACAGCAGUAAUAGCAGCAGCGGUCCCGGGACGUUACCCGACGGGUGGCAACACGCAUAUGACGAUCAAGGUGCAAUCUACUAUUUCAAUGAACGUACCGGCGAAUCGCGUUGGGAUAGACCGGAUGGAGACAACGUCAUGACAACACAACUCCACACCAUGUCACUGUCACCACCACUUUCAGCUACUACGCCAACAACUACAGCAGCUGUCACUACAUCUACUCGCAGCGUACCACCACCUCGACACGAUGAAGAAGUGGAACUACAGAGUGGUCUUGAAAAACUGAACCCUUUUGAAUUAAAGCAACUGCAAUUAGAUCAACUUCAGCCAGAAUGGAUUCGUCAGCAAGGUUUUAUCCAGAUGAAAAUGACAGCCGAGAAAGAGGAUGGCGGUGGAAAGCUUAGUUCAUGGAAGAUAUAUCAUGCAGUGCUUUCCAAAGGAUUCCUUAUUCUUUACAAGGAUAGCUUAUCUAAAGCCAAGAAAUAUAGCAAACCAUUAACGCCUGUUGGAUGUUUUGAUCUUGACGAUUGUCGCAUCGAGCCUGCUGGAAAAGGCGAUACGAAGCGGAAACACUCGUUCCUAAUCAAUACGCCGAGAAAGGUGACAAUAUAUAUUCAAACAUCAAGCGAAAAGGAGCUUUCUGCAUGGCUUGACGCUAUUAUGCGAGAACUCAUUGCGCGUAAAGAAAAUCAAAAUGAGGAGAGUGAUAUUUUGCGGUUAUUGCGGAAACUGACCUCAGACUCUGAACAAAUGAAAGUAAACCGUAAAAUGUCAAGAAAGAAAGAAACGGAUGACAGAGAUUGGCGACACCGACUGAAAAACGAACCGGACGAGAAGGGCAGACCUAAAAAGAUUGGCAAUUGGUUUGGAAAGCCUGGUCGAACAACAGACAAGUUACCACCACAACGUAUAGCUGGAAAUGCUCCUCAACAGCCCCUAGGAAACGAAUUGUUUGGCGGAUUUUUGAUUACGACAAAGGAGGGAGACGUGCCACCUGUUGUACGCAUGUGUGUAGAAGAGGUAGAAGCACGAGGAUUGACAACGGUAGGAAUUUAUCGCUUGUCUGGCCCUGCUUCAAGUAUCCAGCGAUAUCGAACAGCGUUCAACUGUGACGAACCGGUGUCCUUUGAAGAUGCAGAUAUCAAUGCUGUGACAGGAUUGCUCAAACUCUAUUUCCGAGAACUCAAGAAUCCGCUAAUGACCUUUGAGUACUAUGACUGGUUCAUCGAUGCUGCGAGGGAGCCCGAAUAUGAUGAUCGCAUGUACAGGAUAAAAGCAACCAUCCACGUUCUUCCCAAAGCCAACUUUACUGUAUUGGAAUAUCUGAUGCGACAUUUGCACCGAGUCGCAGAACAUUGUGAAAUCAACAAAAUGGAGCCGUCCAAUCUCGCUUUAAUAUUUUCCGUGGGUUUGUUGCGACCGCCUGCUGACGACUUGAGCGGUAUCAUGCAGACGGAUCUGCAGAGCAAAGUGAUUGAAGCCAUUAUCCAACAAGUCGACUGGUUUUUCGAAAAAGACGAUGAAGGAGAUGAAGAACAACAAUUGGUACAAGAACAACAACAACAAGACGGCGGCCCCCAGUAUCAAAACUAAUAUGACAGAUAGAACAAACCACAUAGUCUACAGUACAAGUUUGGGGUUUUUUUAUUGCCAUAUACCCUAAAAAUGAUCUAAUCAAUAUUUAUUGUUUUAAAAUGUGAUUGUAUAUAAGCACUGCUUAUUCAUGCGUAUCAAACAAAG